UACUAUUGAAUAGAGUUAUAGACACGUAACAUCAUUUAACAAUAUGCAUUAUAUAUAAAAUUAUUUAUGUUUUUUAGAAAUAUUUAACAUGUUUCAGAUUUUUUAAAAAUAUAUGUAUCAAGAUGAGGUUGUGAAAUGAUUUUGUUUGUAACUCGUAAAAACAUGGACGGAGGUGGAGCGUACGGAGGUGGGAAAGCUGGUGCUCCGAUUGAUCCUAUUCAGUUUGUACAACGACCACAAGUUAUUUUAAGGGCGCUUUGUUUGCUCUUUGCAAUCAUUGUAUUCGGCUGCAUUUCAUCACAAGGUUACAAAUAUGAUCGAGACGAAGACAAGGAAGUUUGUCUAUACAAUAAAGACAACAAUGCCUGCAAUUAUGGAGUUGGGAUUGGAGUCAUUGCUUUCCUGGCAUCAGUAGCAUUUCUUGUUGGUGAAUUCAUGUUUGAACAGAUGUCAUCAGUGAAAACAAGAAAGCACUAUGUUCUUGGAGAUUUGGGAUUUUCAGGUUUUUGGGCAUUUUUAUAUUUUGUUGGUUUUUGCUAUCUGACAAACCAGUGGAGCAAUUCUGAAACGCCAGAGGGUGGCUUCGGAGUGAACAAUCUUCGAGCUGCUAUCACUUUUUCUUUUUUCUCUAUCUUCACUUGGGCUGGAUGUGCUUGGUUUGCGUUUCAACGAUUUCGCCAAGGUACAGAUGCAGCAUUUGCUCCAAGUUAUGAGGCAGAUCCAGGUUCCAUCCCUGGGGGAAUGCCGUAUGCAUCAUAUCCUGUUGAGCAGGAAGGUGAUGGAGGAUACCAGGAACCUCCAUUCUCUGGUAAUCAAACCAGAGGUGCUGUAGGCACAGAUUUCCAAGCUCCUGCAUAUUAAACCUUCUGGCAGCAUAAAAAUAGUAGUGAAGAAACCAUGUGUCAUACUUUUUUUUUAAAAAGACACUUGGCUGGAAAUUUGAAAUGUGGUUUAUAACCCAUAUCUGCUGUCUGAGGGCAUUGUUUAGAAAUGAUUUGGAACUGGAUUGCAUUUCUGAACAAGUAGUAGACAUUGGCAGAAAGGGUUGGGCAUAGCAACACUCUAGUUGGUACCAAAUUUAACAUAAACCAUAUUUUCCCUGGGAAAUGAGACUUUUGUUUUGGAAGUUAUUAGCAAUGAUGCAUAGACUGUGUGUGCGCAUUUGGUUCUGUUGUGGUAAUGGCUGAAGACAUGUAUUCCAAUUCAAUGUGAUUUACAUUCGGCUGCAGUGCUUGGUUAAUUAUGCCGUGGUUCUUUGGCAGUGGAUUAAUGCCAAUACUGAAAUUUGUAAUUAUAAACAUUGUGUUGUUUAAUUUUGUGUGUUGUACUUAAUACUGCUGUUUUGAAUUAUAUGAUACAUUUGGCCAUUUGAUUUAUUGUUCAAAUACCAUUUAUAAGGUAUUAUUUGUGAUGGUUUCAAAUUUAUUUUCUUGGAUAAUCUUUGCCUUCAAAGCAGCAAAAGCAACAUCCAUUGUAAAUAUGCAGGUUGAUUAGGGACUUCAUAUGUUUGCUUCUGUUUCAGAGUUCACACAAUAUUGGUUCUUAUUCAAGUAGAAGGGUUUUAGAAGCAGACAGCAAAAACUCUUGAUUGUGCUCUUGCUUUGUAGCUGAAUUGUAGGGGGUUUGAGCACUCUGUAUCAUUAUGAAAAAAAAUAUGUUCGUGUCAGGUUAGACUUCAGUCUCAUAGGUCCAGUUGGUAAAGCUUAUAUUGUCGUGGGACUAUGUCCUUUGAAAAUUAUGUAUUGUCUGGAUGAAAACUAUGUUUUUAAACCUG